AUGCUUACUCUUCUCCUCUCUAGAUACUCUACUCGGCUUCGUUCACUUAACAAGGCUUCUCCUCUCUCACGCCGUUACUCUUCUACCUCGUCCUCUCCAAGAAAGUACGAAUCUUUCUCACUGGAUUCGUGGUCUCUUGGUGAGGCAACGAAGCAGAUAAGCCGUGACCUCACAGCUUCUUCUCUAAAAGACUUGCUUUUGGAUUUGUCCGAUGCGGUUCCCGACAUUACCCGUAGGUUUAGAAGAUUCCACGGUCUGAAACCCGAACACGUGCUCGAAUUGCUUCUGGGUUUCGAAUCUGAGCUUCAGAGAGGUGGAAAGGUUCGAGCUUUAUGGGAGGUUUUUAGAUGGGCUAAUGAGCAGUUCAAAGGGUUUAAGCAUCAUCCUCAGAGUUGUGAGAUCAUGGCAACGAUGCUUAUCAGGGAAGGAAUGGUUAAGGAGGUUGAGUUGUUGCUUAUGGAAAUGGAGAAGGGUGGAGAGACAUUGGUUAAUGAGGUGGUUUUCUGUGAUUUGAUUCAGAGAUAUUUGGAUGGUUUUGAUACAAGGAAGGCGGUUAUGUUGUUUGAUUGGAUGAGGAGGAAAGGUUUAGUGCCUUUAGCUUCGUGUUACCAGGGUUUGAUUGAUCAUUUGGUUAGAGUUUACAGAACAGAUGUAGGUUAUCGAGUUUGUUUGGAUUGGUUGGAGGCAAGGGAUGAAUCAGUUAACAACAUGAAUGUAGAUAAGAUUGGGAAAGUUGUUGAGUUGCUUUGCUUGGACCAUAGGGUUCAGGAGGCUAGAGGUUUGGCGAGAAAGCUUGUGGAUUUGGGGUGUUAUCCGAGUAGUUUGAUGUAUAGUAAGAUUUGUUUAGGAUAUAACGAGAAGCAGGACUUUGAGGAUCUGUUGAGUUUUAUCAGUGAGGUUAAGUAUGAACCUGAUGUGUUUGUUGGCAAUAGGAUUGUGCAUUCUCUUUGUAGGAGGUUUGGCUCAGAGAGAGCUUAUGUGUAUAUGGAGGAGCUUGAAAGCUUGGGUUUUAAACCUGAUGAGGCUACAUUCGGUAUCUUGAUUGGCUGGUGUUGUUACGAAGGAGAUAUCAAAAGAGCAUUUCUUUAUUUAUCUGAGGUUACGUCAAAGGGGUUGAAACCUCAUGUGUAUAGCUAUAAUGCUAUCUUAAGUGGGCUUUUUAGAAAAGGAUUGUGGGAACAUACGCGUUCUAUUCUGGACGAGAUGAAGGAGAAUGGAGUGUUGCUCGGCUUGUCAACGUUUAAGAUAAUGGUAACUGGAUACUGCAAAACUAGACGGUUUGAAGAAGCUAAGAAGAUUGUUAACGAGAUGUUUGGUUAUGGUUUAAUUGAAGCAUCUAAAGUUGAAGAUUCGCUAAAAGAAGCUUUUAGUUUAGUAGGAUUUGAUCCUUUAGCUGUUAGGUUGAAAAGGGACAAUGGUUCUGGACUCUCCAAAGCAGAGUUCUUCGAUGAUCUUGGGAAUGGGCUGUACUUAGACACUGAUUUGGAUGCUUAUGAGCAGAGGGUGAAUAUGGUACUUGACAGGUCCGUCCUACCUGAAUUUAAUCUGCUUAUCUUUGAAGCUUGUAAUGACGGUGACUUACAAAGAGCUUUGAGUCUUCUUGAUGAAAUGCCUCGAUGGGGUCAAAAGCUAUCGCGUCGAGGCUUUACUGUCUUAAUGAAGAGUCUCUGUGUAUCGCGUCCACAUGCUAGAGUAAGCGUUAGCUUAAUGGGGAAAUGGCCAAAGCUGGCUAAUCAGUUAGAUGGAGAAACCCUUAACUUUCUUGUCCAAGAAUAUUGCAAGAAGGGAUUUAGUCGCCAAAGCAAACUCAUUUUCCAUAGAAUGGCUCAAAUGCAUCUUCCUAUCGAUAACGCAACUUACACAUCUUUGAUAAGCUGUUUCUCUAAGAAAGAAACACUCAAUGAUCUUCUGAAUGUGUGGGAAGCUGCGCAAAAGGCUGACUGGUUACCUGAUUUAGUCAGUUGCGGAGUUCUAUGGGAAUGUCUUGUCCAGAAAGGACUGGUGAAAGAAGCGGUUAAACUCUUUGAACAUAUAAUCAUAUCCUAUCCUCUAUCACAGUCAGAAGCAUGUAGGAUUUUCGUCGAGAAGCUCACAGUUCUUGGGUUUUCUCGUGUUGCUUACUCUGUUGUGGAAAGACUUGAAGGAGAUGGUUACGUUGUGGAAGAAGAGGUUUACAACCAUCUUAUCAAGGGACUCUGUAAGGACAGGAAUGAUUCUGCUGCAUUUGCAUUACUCGAUAAAAUGCUAGACAAGAAGAAACACAUUCCGAGCUUGGAAAGUUGUUUGAUGUUAAUUCCUCUACUUUGUGGAUCUAACAAAUCAGAGAAGGCAUUUACUUUAGCAGAACAAUUAGAUUCAUCUCUUGUCUACUCUGCUUUGGUAGAAGGACUAUGCUUGGCUGGGAAGAUGUUGGACGCAGAAAAUCAGUUACGAAUAAUGUUAUCAAAUGGAGUUUUCCUAGAUAACGACAUCUACAGUUUGAUGUUUCAAGGUUACUGUAAAGGUAACAACAACUUGACAAGAGUUGAGGAAGUACUAGCAAUCUUGGUGAGGAAGAACGUAAUCAUUUCGGUGAAGAGUUACAGAGAAUAUCUACGGAGAAUGUGUUCAGAGCGUCAGUUUCUCUCUGCAUCUAGUCUGAAGGAGUAUCUCUUGCUAGGAGAAAGCAAUCCUGGUGGUGUAAUCAUUUACAAUCUGCUGAUUUUCUAUCUGUUUCAAGCUAAGAAUGCUAUAGAGGUUAAUAAAGUUCUGCUUGAAAUGCAAGGAAGAGGAUUGUUACCUGAUGAAACCACGCUUAACUUUCUGGUAUAUGGAUACUCCUCAUGUGGAGACUAUUUAAAUUCUCUGCGGUAUCUCAGGGCUAUGAUCUCCGAGGAGAUGAAACCGAACAAACGAAGCUUAAGAGUGGUUAUUAGUUCUCUGUGUGACAAUGGAGAGGUGAAGAAAGCUCUGGACUUGUGGCAGGUAAUGGAAUCAAAAGCUUGGACUUUUGGUUCUUCUUCUGUUGUUCAAACCAAAAUCGUUGAAUCCCUGAUUUCGAGAGGUGAUAUGGAAAAUGCUGACGACUUUCUGAGCCGUGUGACACGCAAUGGCAUGGUGGCUUCCAACUACGACAAUCUCAUCAAGAAGCUAUCUGGUCUUGGGAAUCUCAACAUUGCGGUUCACCUCUUGAACACAAUGUUAAAGAACCGAAAGAUUCCGUGUUCAUCAAGCUAUGAUUCAGUCAUUAACGGGUUGUUGAGAUACAGCAACCAACUUGAUAGAGCUACAGACUUUCAUACAGAAAUGCUGGAGCUAGGUCUAAGCCCAAGCAUAAGUACAUGGAGUGGUCUUGUUCAUAAGUAUUGCGAAGCAUGUCAAGUUAUGGAAUCAGAAAAACUUAUCAAAUCAAUGGUUGAGUUAGGUGGAACACCGAGUCAAGAGAUGUUUAAGAUUGUGAUUGAUCGGUUUCGAGUAGAGAACAACACAGUGAAAGCUUCAGAGAUGAUGGAAAUGAUGCAAAAGUUUGGCUAUGAAGUUGAUUUUGAGACUCAUUGGUCUUUGAUAAGUAACAUGAGCUCUUGUAAGGAUAAGAAGACAACUGAGCAGGGAUUCUUGUCUAGGCUUCUCUCUGGAAAUGGGUUUGCUUGGAAACGAUGAUUAAUCUUUUUUAUGAAAAACACUUUUUUUUGUAAAAUAUUUUCUUAAAGAUUUGUUUCCGAAUAUUUAGCAAAAUUGUUAACCCACUAGCAGUAUAGUUCUGGCUUUGGUCAAACAAGCUUUCAUC